UGCGCUGCGUCCCUCGGACACAGCGGAUCACCGAACAAUGGAAAGAGCCGAAGAUGUCGGCUCGGUCAUGUGAUCAGCCGUGUCCAAUCACAGCUGAUCACAUGGGACAUGUACACAGAUCAUCAGAGCACUGAUGUUCAGUCGCCACCUGUCAGUGUCCAUCAGUGCCAGCUCUCAAGUGCUCAUCCAUGGCACCUGCCAGUGCCCAUGAGUGCCACAUUUCAUUGCCCAUCAGUGCCACAUCAAUGCCACAUAUCAGUGCCCAUCUGAGCUGCCUUUCAGUGUCACCCACAGUGCCAGUCGGUGUCACCUAUCAGUGCCGCCUAACAGUGUCAGUCAGUGCCACCUAUCAGUGCCGCCUAACAGUG